AUGGCCGGCGCAGACUUGAUCGACUUCGAGGUCAUCGAGGGACACAAAGAGAACAUCCAAGCGCUUCCCAGUGGAAGAUCAGCAAAAGCAUUGGCAGCUUUGUACUCGCCGCCAUUAACCAGCGGACAACAACAAACAUCGCUUGCCAACGAUGCACACACCGAAGAGCGCAAAGAGUACGAAGAGGAACUCGCUCUGAUCGAGGAAGCCGACGACCCCCUCGACAUCUACGACCGCUACGUCAAAUGGACACUCGACACAUACCCCUCAGCACAAUCAACACCGCAAUCGCGAUUGCUGCCCCUGCUCGAACGUGCCACUAAGGCCUUUCUCUCAUCACCACAAUACAAGAACGACCCACGAUACUUGAAGCUAUGGCUUCACUACAUUCGCUUCUUUUCCGAUGCCCCACGCGAGACUUUCGUCUUUCUCAAUCGUCACGCUAUCGCAGAGUCGCUCGCACUCUACUACGAAGAGUUUGCUGCUUGGCUGGAACAAGCUGGCAGAUGGACGCAAGCGGAAGAGGUCUACAACAUGGGCAUUGAGAAGGGUGCCACACCGGUCGCUCGUUUGACAAGAAAGUUCAACGAAUUCGACCAACGCAACGCUGCUCGUCCUCAGGAUAUUCCAGAGCCAUCAAGUCCUGCUCUUCCAGUCGCCCGUGCCGUUUUGGGCGCAAAGAUUGACCCUUUUGCUGCUGCUCUAGCUGCGUCUACUCCACAACAAGCAUCCAAGCCUGCCGCGACCAAGAAAUCAAAGGCUGGAAAGAUGGCCGUCUUCGCCGACGACUCGCCGCAAGAUCAGAGCGCUUUCGGUACACCUGGCGAGAAGAAUGGAUGGGACAACAUCGAGUCAAUCCAGAGCAGAAAGAAGGAGAACGCCAUUGCACCUAAGCCAAUGGCAGGAGAGACGUUGAAGACGGGAAAGACAAACACAGGCGUGCAGAAGAUGGCCAUUUUCAGGUCAUCUUCUACUGUACGACAUGCAUACGAAUCAAGUAAACAUGCUUCUCAACGAGUCAUUAAUAUGAAGACGGGCAGACCUGAAUGUGUCUUUGUGAAUCUUGAAGCCGUCUAUCCAGAUCCGAGUAACCCAUCCGUCGAGUUCUGUUUCGAGGAACUGAGAGCCAGGCAUCGUGGCUGGCUGCAUCGCGAUUGGGCUGCUGAGCGUAGACAGACACGACCCGUUGACCAUGCACAGGACAACGCCUCGAACAAACAACAACCGCAGCCACAGGAGCAAAAACGUGGAUUUGCCAUCUUCAGCGACACGCCACCUGCCGAAAAGCAACCUGAACAAGAACGACCGACAAGUCAACGCGGAUUCCAAAUCUUCCAGGACGACUCGGAGAACAAGAAAUCGCCCGCACAAUCUUCACCUCUUACCAUCGACACAUCCCUCAAAGUCGUACCCAUCAAGGAUGAGAACGACGAAAACAGACCUCCCUCCAAGGCUGAUGUCGAACUUGCGAAAAAAAUGCGACGUGAGGAACGUGCCAACCGAACACGCAAGAUCAAGGUCAUGGAUGUUGAACAUGUACAAAAAGAGACACAAACCAUCAAGCUGAACCUGGACUCACCAUCCGGCAAGAAGUUACGGAAAAAAAGAGUUGCUGAACCUACAAUGACCAUCAACACCCGCGAGGCUAUGGAUGAGAUUUAUGGUAUUUUCAGUCAACCUGUUGAAACUGCUCAAGAAGACGAGGCCGAGGAGUCAGAAACUGAGGAUGAUAGCGACGACGACAGCGAUGCCGAUUACAGUAGUGAUGGCGAAGACACCACCACUGGCCAUGUUUCAGGAGCUGGAAGCGAUUAUGGUGAUGAGACGCGACGAGAGAUUCUGGCCUCUCAACAAUCAUCUCAGGAAGACACAACACAAGACACUGAAGAUCAAGAAGGUGACGAGGACGACAAGACCAAUGUCAGCGCUUGGUCUGACUAUGAUGACAGCAAACCUGUAACUGAAACUGCCGUCACCUCUGCACACUCCAAGGAUGGAGACGACUUGUCAACACCGAUAGAAGAGAUUUCCGCGCCGUUUGAUGGAGAGGACGGAGAGUCGAAGAUGAGAUACGUGCCGAUACCACCUGAAGGUUAUGAACCUGUCAGAUCGCAGUACCGGGAUCCUGUUCUCAUGGCUCAGAAUCGCCUUCCUUUCAUGACGCCUAUUGUUGAGCAUACCGAGUCCUCCAUCGGUGCGGCGACCAUACGUGCAGAGCUGGAAAAAGGCUUCAUAUCCAAGACACCAUCUAGACAAAAUCACAACACUGCCGAUAUUGAAGAGGAAGAGGAAGAGGAAGAUGAGGACGAGGACAGUCUCAUGAGCAGCCCAUUUCAAGUCCUCAGUGGGGCCGACCUGGAAAACAAGCGCAAGAUCCUGCAACCCAUCCGCACAAAGACGACAAAAGGCAUAGUAUCCUUGAACCAAGACGUAUCAUCCAAGCCAAAACCACUUGCUCUUCGUCCGGCUACAACGGUAGAGCCAACCCACAAAGGUCCAAUCAUCAAGGACCCUCAAAUUAACCCUGUGGAUCCGGAACUUCGUCAAAUCAUCCUGUCGCAAAUUCACCCACCUUUGAGCUCUUACGAAGGCUAUUACGAGCACAAGGACGUCCAACAUGCACAGACACCAGAGAUUCGCAAAUUCUCGAAAGCAGUUGGAAAAGGCAAGACGGCGACAGAGAAGAGCAGCGCGUCUCUACCUCCCGCACCGACCCUCAAUCUCCCGGACUCAUCAAGCACAUACACCCUGAAACGUGAACUGGGUGCCGGAGCGUUUGCCCCUGUCUACUUGAUCGAGAACAGCAACCCUUCUUCAACCUCAGAUGACAACAACAACAACAACAACAACAACAAUGACGAGAACGCCUCAGUAAUGGGCCAAGGUGCUUUCUCAGCAACCCAACGCCAUGCCCUCGAAGCUCUGAAGAUGGAAGAUCCACCAUCGGCCUGGGAGUUCUACAUGUUACGUCAAGUCCACCGUCGCCUCGGCGUCUCCCGCGCAACAGAAUCCGUCAUCCACGCCUACGAAAUGCACAUUUUCCGCGACGAAGGCUUUUUGAUUGAAGAUUUCCGCGGCCAAGGCACUCUUCUCGACUUGAUCAAUGUCGCACGUGCAGAAGCAGGAGGCACCCUAGACGAAGCACUCGCCAUGUUCUUCGCCGUCGAAUUGAUGAGAACAGUAGAAGCCCUGCAUAGCAAACAACUCAUCCACGGCGACUUGAAGGGUGACAACGUUCUAGUCCGUCUAGACGAUACCUCCUCGUGGUCAUCCACCUACGACCCCUCUGGCUCUUCUGGUUGGAAGUCCAAAGGAAUCUCUCUGAUUGACUUUGGCCGUGGCAUAGACAUGAAGGUAUUUUCCCCAGGUGUACAAUUCGUAGCAGAUUGGGAAACUUCCUCUGCAGAUUGUGCAGAAAUGCGCGAACUUCGCCCUUGGACCUAUCAAGUCGAUUACCACGGCUUGGCAGGAUUACUCCAUUCCCUGCUCUUUGGCAAAUACAUGUCCACCAUUGCCGAAAAGGGUGCAGGAGUAGGUGCAGGAGCAACCAAACAUUACAAAAUCAAAGAGGGCUUGAAGAGGUAUUGGCAGCAGGAGAUUUGGGCCAGUGCGUUUGAAAUGCUGUUGAAUCCUACCAUGUUUGUGGGGCAAGAGGAGGGAGGGGUGAUGCCGUUGUGUAAAGGGUUGAAGGGGUUGAGGGAGAGGAUGGAGGGGUGGCUGGUGACGAAUUGUGAUAGAGGGGUGGGGUUGAAGACGAUGGUUAGGAAGAUGGAAGAGGCUGUCAAGGCGAGGAAGAGGUAG